AUGCAUGUACAGUCGAUCCCGAUGUGGACCGGGAAGGGCAAUAACUAUGCCUACCUGGUCACGGAUGAACCUACUAAGGAGUCCGUUAUUAUUGACCCGGCUAAUCCGCCUGAGGUGGCUCCGACGCUGCAAUCUCAGAUCGACGCGGGAAAGAUUAAGCUUACGUCUAUCGUGAAUACCCAUCAUCACUGGGACCACGCUGGUGGUAACAAUGAAAUUCUGAAAACCUUCGGUCAACUCUCCGUCAUUGGUGGCAAGAACUGCCAGUCUGUCACCAAGACCCCGGCACACGGCGAAGUCUUCAAGAUCGGAGAGCGCAUCUCCGUCAAGGCGCUACACACGCCCUGCCACACGCAGGACAGUAUCUGCUACUUCAUGCAGGAUGGAGACGACAAGGUUGUCUUCACCGGUGAUACUUUGUUUAUCGGAGGAUGUGGCCGGUUUUUCGAGGGUACGGCCCCGGAAAUGCACAAGGCAUUGAACGAGACUCUGGCUGCACUGCCGGAUGAUACUAAGGUUUACCCCGGACAUGAAUACACCAAGGGCAACGUUAAGUUCUGCCUUGCUGUUUCGCAGUCUGAGCCCAUUAAGAAGUUGGAGGCAUUCGCCAAUGCCAACCAAGAGACCCAGGGCAAGUUCACGAUUGGUGAUGAGAAGCUUCAUAACGUCUUCAUGCGCGUCAACGACCCCGAGAUCCAGAAGAAGACCGGCAAGACAGAUCCAGUGGAGGUCAUGGCGGCGCUGAGAGAGAUGAAGAACAGUAUGUAA